GGGACAUGGAGUGGUACGUGUGCGUUCUGGUGCUGAGUUUGCCGUGGUCCGUUCACACCCAGACUUCUCCGAGAUGUCAAAACUGCGUUCGUCAGACCGAUUCAGGUGCAUCUUUCAGUCACCUGACUUGCAUUUUGGAAUGUGAGGAAACCCUGUGGAAAUCUAGAGAAUGGAAGGCAGGUCGGCCGACCAACAUCCUGCAGACAGCAGCCUCAAUAGGCUCCAACCCACAGCGAGCUGCAGAGAGGAGCACACAGACAGAGAGAACCGGCCCACAGGCCAGCCCAACACUGCCCCGGCUGCUUUAUAACGGACUCACUGAAGCACAUUUGAAGAAUACAGUGGCUCUCCCGAUGAUUGAACAUCCUGCGUUGAACAAUCGAGAGCAACAGAGUCCGGAGAUGUAUGGGGAGGAAGAAGAUGGCGCGUCGGAAAACGAGUUGGAAGAAUUGUUGAGUAAAGUUAAGCUCUAUGGCAAUGCGUUUCGUCACGUUGGUCCGAAGUCUAGGAGGAACAACGACGCAGGGGAAGGCAGCCAAGAGCGCGAAACACUGCAAAAGCGUUAUGGUGGCUUCAUGAGACGGAUCCGACCCAAGUUGAACAGCCUGAAGUUGGAUAAUCAGAAGCGUUACGGUGGCUUUUUACGUCGCCAUUUCAAAAUCGCAGUGCGCUCAGAACCCCAGGCGUUUGACAUUAGUCUAUAGAUCCGGAGGAACCAGGGGGGCUGCUGAGCGUCGUGGCGUGUUUAAGUUUAUCUGCAUCCAUCGCUACAAUUCAUAAUUGAAAUCCCCUCUCUUCAAAUAGAUACAUUGUUAAUAUUUCUGUACAAAAAGAGCACGCUCACAUGAAUAGGACUAUCAGACAUAUUCCAAAAAAUAAAUAUCCGUGAUGUGUGUUGAGCAAACUGUGGGCUACUAAUAUAACAAAUGUUUGUUAUGUAGCACUAAUAAACUUUUGCGUUUCAUACGUCCCAGAA